AUGACUGAAUCAUAGUCUAAAGAAUAUAAAAAGAAUGAAAAUCUGAGUCUUGAUGUCAAAUAAAUUUAAUAGCUCUUCCAGGACUGCCAUUAGUUCCCUAAAUUAGAGCUGCAUAACCACAUUAGUGGCUCAAUAAGGGCAGAGACAUUCCUAGAACUCAGUGAAAUGAAAGGUGUUAGCAUUGAACAUAUUGAUUUCUACAAUGUUGAUAUGAAAAUGGCAUUCGAGAUUUUCAAAAUUAGUUCCUAGAUAGUAACUAGUCAUGAAACUUUAUACAGAAUUGUCAGGGAAAUCAUUCAGGAUAAUUUUAAGUAAAAUGUUAGGUAUAUCGAAUUGAGAAGCACUCCAAAGUCACUUCUACUUUAAGACUGCUAACUUGGGAAUAAAGAGGAUUAUAUAAAUACUGUCAUAAAAGCAAUAUAACAUGCAGAGGAAGAACUCAAUUAUGAAGUUAGAGCUAGACUUAUACUGAGUAUAAGAAGGUUUGAUUAAUACAACGAUUAGGAAUGUCAAGAAAUUGUGGAUCUUGCAGUGAAAUACAGAGAUCAAAAAUGUAAAUACAUUGUAGGACUAGAGCUAAGUGGAGACCCUUAAUGUGGAAGUUUUUCGGAAUAUGUCAAAGUUUUACUUAGGGCUAGAGAAAAUGGAAUUAAAUUUACUAUACAUUGUGCUGAAACAUAAGCACAAGCAAAAGAAAAUGAGGAGAUAUUGAAUAUUAAGCCAGAUAGAAUAGGUCAUUGCUAUUUCAUGUAAAAGAGUGACUUCGAAAGAAUAGCAGAAAUGAAUAUUCCUGUGGAGUUAUGUUUGUCAAGUAAUGCAAGUACUACUGGCUGUAGUGUAGUAGAGUUAAUGCCACAUUUAAAGCAACUGAACAGAUUGAACCACAAUGUGAUUCUGUGUUGUGAUGAUACCUUAUUGUUUUCGAAUAAUUGCUCUUAAGAACUCUUUGAGUAUGCUAAAGCUGUUAGAGCAUCAUCAAAAGAUUUGAAACAGCUGCUUCUAAGGAAUGUCGAAGCUAUAUUUGACGAGGAAAGCAAGGACUGGCUUAGAAACUAAAUUCAGAAAUAUUAGUACUUAGAGCCCUAGAGAAUUAUUGGCUCAGGAUCCUUUGGUUAUGUGUUUGAGGCAUGGGAUAAAGUUCAUAAGUAAACAGUGGCAGUGAAGAGGACGACAAAGGCGGGAGAGUACGUGAGUCGCGAGUUCGAAGUGUUAGACAAGCUGAGAGAGUGCAAGAACGUGAUCAAGAUGCUCGACAUCUACUACUCCAAGAAUGAGGAGGGAAAAACCGCUCAAAAUCUAAUAUUUGAGUUCUGCAAGACCAACCUCGAGGAAAUCAUCCAAAACCAUAAGCAAAAAGAGAAAUAUAUCCCGUUAUCGCACGUGAGAGACUACAUGCGAUAGAUUCUAGAGGGAAUGAGAUAUGUUCACUAACAGAGAAUAUGCCACAGAGAUCUCAAGCCUGAAAACAUCUUGCUCACUGAGGACGGAGUGAUCAAAAUCUGUGACUUUGGAUCAGCCAAAAUACUCGAUGAAGGUGGACUUAAUACCCCUUACAUCGUCAGUAGAUAUUAUAGAGCACCUGAACUCAUCCUUGCUUGCUCAGACUAUACCAAUAAAAUCGACAUCUGGGCAAUUGGAUGCAUCUUUGCAGAGUUGUUAACAUUGAGACCUUUAUUCCCAGGUAAAACUGAGGGAAGUCAGUUGAUUGAAUAAGUUGCAGUGCUUGGUCUCCCAAGAAAAGAAGAGUUAUUCAGUAUGUCAACACAGAUAACAAAAGAUACUGUUAACUUAGUGCAUAGACUUGAUGAUAUCCCAAAGAAGGAUUUCACAGCUGACAGACAAAUCUGUGCAGACCUUAUCGAAAAAUUACUCAAGUGGAAUCCUAAAGAGAGACUCACUUGCGACCAAGCUCUAAAUCAUGAAUUCUUUAACUGA